UCUCUCUCUCUCUCUCUCUCUCUCUGGCUGUCUCUCUACUUCCAUGAAAACGGAGCAUAAUGCACAUGUCACCUUUACAACUGACCUGACAGCAGGAAACAGGAAGUGUCAGGGCCUUGCCCUUUUCAGGAUCUGGAAGGAAAUCAGACCUGCUGCGCUCCCUCUCUCCUCUCUUCCCUCUUGCACUGAGAGACCUUGUGCGUUCUCCUUGUCUACUGGUGUUGCGUCUACACGGGACUGGGGUAUAGGAGAGGACGAGCACCGGGGAGCUGAAUCAGGAUCCACCAACCAGAAACAAAAGAAGAACAGAAACUCUUGACUUUUCCCGGCAUCGGUGUGAGUGUGUGUGUACUGUACGCAUGGGUUUGCGAGUGUGUCUUUGUGUGGAUGUCUGUUUCUCUGUUUCUGUGUGUGUGUGUGGGUAAUCGUGUGUGUGUGUGUGUGUGUGUGUGUGUGUGUGUAAAAGCUACAGAGGUCGCUAACUUGUGGUUGUGCUCGGUGACCCGGUCGUCAAAGGCAGGAAGCGUCCUGAAGACGAAGGUGAGGACGGACAGAGAGCGACAGUCUGGAGAAGAAGGAGGAAAGGAGGAGACGGGGAGAUGACGAGAAAGUGACAGGUGGGACCCGUGCUCUCCAUGGUGGCAGAAGAACCUGCGACACCGUGACUCCGCUGCUGAUCCUCCUACAGGACUCUGAUCUUUUUGGAUGGUUUUGUCAGAAUGACAGCCGAAGACCCCACUUCCUCCUCAGCUAUGAGCAAUAACUCGGCCACUUCUGGAUCCAAACCUUCUGGUUCCACUCACCACUCUCUCCAUGGACAAACCCCAAUCCCUGAAGGUGUGGCAGGUACACCUAACGAAGCCUCCCUGGUAUCCCUGAUGGAACGCACUGGUUACACUAUGGUCCAGGAAAACGGUCAACGCAAAUACGGUCCUCCACCUGGCUGGGAAGGUCCUUCUCCACCACGAGGAUGCGAGAUCUUUGUUGGUAAGAUCCCACGGGAUGUUUAUGAGGAUGAGUUGGUCCCGGUUUUUGAGUCUGUAGGACGCAUCUAUGAGAUGCGCCUGAUGAUGGACUUCGACGGGAAGAACCGUGGGUACGCAUUUGUGAUGUACACUCAAAAACAUGAGGCCAAGCGGGCUGUGCGAGAGCUCAACAACUAUGAGGUACGGCCUGGGCGUCUGCUGGGUGUCUGCUGCUCCGUGGACAACUGUCGUCUUUUCAUCGGCGGUAUCCCCAAAACCAAAAAGCGCGAGGAAAUCCUGGAGGAGGUCUCCAAGGUGACAGAGGGGGUACUAGAUGUGAUCGUCUAUGCUAGUGCUGCAGACAAGAUGAAGAACCGUGGCUUCGCCUUCGUGGAGUACGAGUCCCACCGAGCAGCUGCCAUGGCCCGUAGGAAGCUAAUGCCGGGUCGUAUCCAACUGUGGGGCCACCAGAUUGCAGUGGACUGGGCUGAGCCAGAAAUUGAUGUGGACGAGGAUGUGAUGGAAACAGUGAAGAUCCUCUACGUCAGGAACCUCAUGAUGGAGACCAGCGAGGAGACACUAAGACAGGUCUUUGGUCAGUGGAACCCUGGCUGUGUGGAGCGUGUCAAGAAAAUCCGUGACUACGCCUUUGUCCAUUUCACCUCCCGUGAGGAUGCUGUCCUGGCCAUGGAUCACCUCAAUGGCACAGAGGUGGAGGGGUCCUGCAUUGAGGUGACUCUUGCCAAGCCAGUUGACAAAGAGCAGUACACACGCUAUCAGAAGGCUUCAAAGGGAGGCGCUAUUGCUGCUACCCCGGAGGCAACUCAGCAGAACUAUGUAUACCAGUGUGAUCCCUACACGCUGACCUACUAUGGUUACCCCUACAACACCCUCAUUGGACCUAACAGAGACUACUUCGUCAAAGGAGCCCCAAUGAUACAGAACAAUGCAGGUACUGUGCGAGGUCGUGGUCGCGCUGCUGCAGGUAACCGUACCCCAGGACCACGGGGGUCCUAUCUUGGGGGUUACUCUGCUGGCCGUGGCAUCUACAGCCGCUACCACGAGGGCAAGACCAAGCAGCCUGAAAAAAACUAUGAGCUGAUGCCCAGUCUGGAGCUCGCAGCCUCUGUCAACCCAGUUGGCAUCAAACCUGGCACAAUGGCGUUACCAACCCUGGGUGGUCAAUACCCAGUGUUCAGCGCAGCUCCUGCAGCCAAGCUGAUGGAGGAGGGGAAGAUGCAUGCAGUGGAGCACCUUAUUAACCCUCUGGCCAUGCAGCACCCAGAGCACACCACAGCCCCCACUGCUGCUACUGUCUUGCCUGCGGUCUCAACACCCCCACCUUUCCAGGGUCGUCCUAUCACCCCUGUCUAUGCAAUGGCACAUAAUGUGCAGCGUAUUCCUGCAGCUGGUGGCCUGUAUGGAGCUGGCUAUGUCCCCAUCACCAACUAUGCUGCCAACACAGCAGCGCUGGCUGCUUUGCAGAAGAACGCAGCUGUUGCAGCUGCAGCGUACGGCGGUUACGCAGGCUACGCAGUGCCGCAAGCCUUUCCCGCUGCUGCAUUCCAGGUCCCAAUCCACGAUGUCUACCAGACAUACUGAUUCGGAAGCUGAGACUACACAGCAACAACGUUUUUGGCUGUGACUGACAGCCACUACAGCAAACAUCUGAACAAUGUACAGAUUGUCACAUCGCAUCUUAACAUUUCUUGAGGUUGUGAACCUUUCAAGCUCUCUAUGGAAUGGUUGUUUGACAUCAAUUCAAUACUCAGAGCCCAGACAGUGAAAAGAUAUCAACCUGACAUCUCAGGCUAUUUACCACCCCCCACCCCACCCCCAGUGUUGGCAACACACACUGGAUCCAAGGUUACCAAAAUAAGAUAGGGUUAAUUACACAAGAUAGGGAGUGUUCACUGAAACCUAGCUCAGUUCUAAUGGAUAUAGAAGAUGAUUUAUAUUCUGAGGAAAUCCCACUUAUAUCAUCCCAUACCUCUCCCCAAGUGAAACCAUAACUUACAAAAGAGAAAAAAAACCCCACCACAUCCCACCCAAUCAAUACUCCAUCUGUCCUGUAACUGUGUAGCUGUGGCAUCACAAAUAUUGAAGGUACAUUCAAGUAUUUAUGAAGAAAAUACACAUGCUAGGUUUCUCUGUGUGUAGCUUACUAUUUUUAUUUAGGUUUUUCAUUGUUCUCUGAAGUAGGAAAGAAAUUUCAUGAAAUUAUACUUAAGACUUUUUUAACAUACAGCAGAUGAUAAAAUGGGUGAAAAGGUGUAACAUUAAAUGAAAGACCAAAAAAAACACAAAAAAAAGAACAGAACUCCAGGAAGUACAGACCAGCGAGAAGCCCACUGGAGGCAAAUGGUUUUGGAUAUACUAAAAACUUUUUUUUGUAUUUUUUUAUUGAUAUUGAGUAUUCUAGAAAACUCCAGAUGCUGUAGACAUCACCUGUCCGUCCAUGCUGGUUGAAAAUGUACACCUCAUAGACGCCUGUUUGGUAUUUUUCUUUAUUUCGAUUUUUUUUCCUGUUUUUGUUCAUCCUUAAUGAAGGUUACAAGUGUUGUGUUUAGUUGCCAAUAAGUAGUUUGUAUAUUUUUAUGCUUCCUUUUUUAAAGUCUACUCUCUCUUUCUCUCUCUUGCUUGCUCUCGCAUAUAUAUAUAUAUAUAUAUAUAUAUAUAUAUAUAUAUAUAUAUAUAUAUAUAUAUAUAUAUAUAUAUAUAUAUAUAUAUAUAUAGUUGGCCCUGUGAUGGCUUGGUGGCCUGUCCAGGGUGUCUCCCCGCCUGCCGCCCAAUGACUGCUGGGAUAGACUCCAGCAUCCCCGCAACCUUGAGAGCAGGAUUAGCGGUUUGGAUAAUGGAUGUAUAGUUUUGGUUUGAAGAAAUGUUGGCAAAUGAAAAUUGUAGUGCAUUUCUGGGGGAACACACGCAGAAGAGAAAAACAAAAACUGGGAUGCAUCACUGUUGCCGUGUGACAGGGUUGGUGAUGCACUAUAUAUAUAUAUAUAUAUAUAUAUAUAUAUAUAUAUAUAUAUAUACACGUCUUCUACAUAUAUGGGAAGGUGUGCUUAGUCUUAAUACUAUGCUAACUUGAUCUUUGCCAGGCGACUAAGACUGAACUAAUAUUGCUUUUUUAGAAAAACUAACGUUUUUCUCAUUUAUGUGUUCGUUUAUUUUUCCAUUAGUUGAAUCUUUAAAGUGAACAAAUAUAGACACAACUAAGAGACAUUGUGGUGACACAGACCGAAGCAGUCUCACUAGAAAGAGCUCCUGCCAUUGGUCAGCCAGCAACUAUGCUCAAUCUAAGGUGAAAUACUGAGUUCUUCUGGGCCCGACAUCCGCGCCUCACAUUUUCAUGUGCAACUUUAUAUGCACAUUUCUAUGUAUGCUAUAACAAAAAAAGGCCUAUACGUUAAGAACACAAUAGGAGACUUGGACUGUGCAGAGCACUGGAGGUCUUCCAGUUGUUAUUUUCAAUCAAUUAUGAUAAUGAUGGAGAGACAUAACACAGGGAGACUUGGAUGUAAGCAAUCGAGGCCUUGGUGUCUGCAUCCAGACGGACAGUAUCACUGUCCUCGUAGUGUUUUGUCUGAAUGCUUCGGCAGCAACACUCCAUAUAAUGUUUAGACCUCUCUCUCUUUCUUGUACACCAACUCUGCUUGGCCAAGGUGCACUUAAACCAUAUUUAUAAAAUACAGAAGAUUGCCAAAAUGAGAUGAAGAGACGUGUAAUAUACCGAGCAUGACUUCCUAUGCAAAAGGGGUCAGAUGACGUUUUGCAGUGCCUGUGUAUGUCUGACAGAGUUAUUCCUCAUGAAUGAAGCAAGCCUAAAUUAACCCCUUUGAAUGUUUGGUGGGCACUUUUUAAACUCUGCAGCGUGCUGAAAACAAGUGUACUAUUUGACUAACUGGGAACAACUGGAGCAAUACCUCAAACCCCAAUAUACAGAUGACCUAUGUAUGUAUGUAUGUAUGUAUGUAUGUACUACAACACACGCAUGCAUGCACGUGCGCGCGCACACACACACACAUACACACACGCGCGCGCGCACAGCAUGAAGUCACACUUCCGAACAGCCAUUUGUAUGGAAAGCAUUUGUGCGUUGGUUCGUAUUUGUACAUCGCACCCUCGACAUUUGAAUGGAAGGAACUUUUUUUAUUCCCCUUUUUUUAAUCAAUUUCUUUUCUUGAGAGCAGAAGCUGCGUUGUCCUUGUCCAUCUAUCCAACUGACAGAUUAUUUUCUUCUGAAUAAACAUAAUGGUUUAUUCUUUUUGUAAAAAGAGGGGAUGGUUCAGAAUUUGAGAUGGUGUUUGAUGUUAUAAUUAAGUUAUUAGUCUAACAAAAACAAAAAAAACAAAACGAAACAAGAAAAAAAACACCGACUCCUUAACUCAUUAGAUUUCGCCACAGAAGUUGAGGCAUUUUUUUUCUCUAACAAAGUACACUGCCCCGCCCCCCCCAAAAACAACUUCAUUUUGAAAAUAAACUGCAAAUUAUCGCUUUGUUUUCUUUUUACAGUGACAGUAAGUCAUGAUAUAUUUAAUAUAUGGAUUAUGUGCAUUGUAUAUGAAGUAAGAAGAAAAGGUAUAAUAUAUUGUAAAAUGUUUUUCUUUUCUUUAUAUACAUCUUAUCAUAAAACAAUGUAAAAGAUAAAUAGUUAGAUUUUCCCCCCCCAAGUGUCCAAUAGUUUUUGAACAUUCAAGGUUAUUGUGUUUUUGUGAUGUGUACUGUGCUAUUAACAUGUGCUGUUUUGAACUGGUGUUGUGAGUGGGGGAACAAUAUUAUGGACUAUUUCAACUCGUGGUACUACAUUUAGAGGUACAGACUGAAUCUGGCUGGUGCAGGGGUCACGACCUCGCACACCCUGUGAGUGGAAGUCCAAGGAUCUUGUCUGUCUGUAUGUGUGAGAUUUUACAACGCCUAUGGAUGAUGUGCUGUGAUAUGCGGUCAUGUACGUUGCAUAGUUCUUAGGGUGAUGCUAUAGUCGUAGCUUUGAGAGUUAGCAGGCUAUCACUAGUCUGCAUUCCAGCCGCAGUACAGCUGCAGAACGAACUCCUCCUGCUUCUGGUGCUCACUAGGUGGCGCUAGAGGUGCCUAGUUUGAAGACCGGCGUUAACAUUUACAUGGUUCCCAUUUUGUGCCUUAGUGCCAAGAUGCACCCUUUGCUGUACCUAUGUAGACCUAUGCAGACUGUUUUCUAUCAGGUUUGUUUGAAAAAAAAAGAUUUAUUGAGCAUUGUUAUAUUUAUAGUGAUAAAGUAGAUAAAUAAAGCAUUUUGAAAAACGUGA